CUUACACCUGCUCUUUCUUCAGCCCUUUCCAAGGGCUAGUAACAAAAACAACAAAGUCUUCUGGCACUCUCAAGACAAAUAUGUUCUGUUUGGGAUAAGGAUUUGUGGAAUUUAGCUUAAAGAUAGCUGGAGAAUUUUGGAGCUGCAGUCCACAAACGCGUAUGCUAAAUAAAACAGCUGUUGAUUAAAUGUUGACCAAGGAUCAAAUGUUGAUAAAAAAGGAGGACCUUAGUCAGGAAGGCCUCUUAGAGGAACAGAAGGCUAGGCAUACUCCCCACUCGAAACAUGCUCUGCAGCUAAGUAAGAUGACGGGAGAACAUAUGCUGAAGAAAAAGCAUACAUGUCCAGACUGUGGGAAGAAAUUUUGCCGGCGUUCAGAUCUUGUCCGGCAUCAGAAACUCCAUUCAGGAGACAGACCCUUUACCUGUACUAAGUGUGGGAAAGGCUUUGUACAGAGCACCCAUCUCAUUGCACACGAGAAAAGCCAUACAAGAGAGAAGCCCUAUUACUGUUCUCACUGUGAGAGGAGCUUCAAUCAGAUCUUAAACUUCACUAGGCACCAGAGGACUCACUCCAAGGAACCCCCUUUCAAAUGCGGUGACUGUGGAAAGACCUUCAGCCGCAGCUCAAACCUUAUUAUGCAUCAAAGGACCCACACGGGAGAGCGGCCCUAUAAAUGCUUUGACUGUGGCAAUAGCUUCAGUCGGAGUUCAACUCUCGUUACGCAUCAGAGAAUCCACACCGGCGAGAAACCCUAUAAAUGCCAGGAUUGCUGGAAAAGCUUUGGAAGACGUUCCACCCUUGUUAUGCACCAGAGGACUCACACAGGAGAGAAACCGUAUAAAUGACCUGACUGUCCAGAAACUUUUAGUGUUAAAUCCGGUCUGCUUAGUCAUCAAAGAGUCCACAUGACGGAGAAACCGUAUCUCUGCCUGGAAUGUGGUAAAAACUUCUGUCGGAGUGCAGACCUCAUUAUUCACCAGAGAAUUCACACGGGAGAGAAACCUUAUCAAUGCAAUGACUGUGGCAAGAAAUUCAAUACAAACUCACACCUUGUUACGCAUCAGAGAAUUCACACAGGGGAAAAACCAUAUAAGUGUCCUGAGUGUGGGAAAAGCUUCUCUUACAGCUCAGUACUGGUGGGCCACCAGAGAGUCCACACAGGGGAAAAACCGUACGCGUGUCUCAAGUGUGGAAAGACCUUCCGCAACAACUCGCACCUGAUCACUCACCAGAGAGUGCACUCGGGAGAGAAACCGUAUGAAUGCCCUGAAUGUGGGAGGGGUUUUAGUGUCAGUUCAAAUCUUGCGAAGCACCGGAAGAUCCAUGAAAGAGACACAUCUUUUAAAUGUUCUGAAUCAGAAAUGGGAGGUAAUGAAGCGGUCACUAGCUCCCAGAACAGUUCGUAAAGAUGAGUUGCAUAUUUAUGAGCGCUAUAGUAGAGCAUCAGCAGUGUUUUAUGAAUGACCAAUGUAGGAGUGAAUAAUAGAGUAGCAAGGACCCAUGUCCUGUGUCUAGUAUAGAACAUUGUUGCGGGAUCCUGAUCGGCACUUGGAAAGAUUGUUUUUUUAAAAAGGUUAACUCAUAUAUAUGUGUAUGUGUAUGUAUAUUUGCAUCAACAGGCAUAAAUGACCACAGAUACGGAUCUUGCAUAAGUAGCAUACUCAUUUUGUUUGCAGCAUAUUAUUCAUGUUUUGACUUGUUAGUUGUUAGGUUACCCAUUGAUUGAUAAUGACUGGUGUUCUCGGGGCAUUAUCCUGGCUCUGAAACGUAUAUGGUGUCUAGCAUAUUUUUUGCAAGAGGUUUUUUUAAAAGUUCUACAGAGAAGCCUCUCUUGAAGUGACUCUGAUUCUCUCCAUCCUGUAUCCACUUAUUCAGAAGUAAGUACCAUUGAAUUCAAUGGCUGUUAUUUCCAGGUGAGUAUAGGAUUGUACCCUUAAAAUUUACUAAAAUCUGGGUAAAUGUAUAGGCUGUAGGUUCCUUAGUUUGGUCAUGAAGUAUGUAAGAAAGUAGUGAAUAAUUAGCAACUUUUUAUCAGCUGACAGCAACAAAAAUUAUUUACAUUUUGAGCUCACUUAACAGAACAAAUUAAGCUUUUAAAAGUAAUGUUCCAAGCUCUGAUCUGGAUGAAUAUAUUGUUUUUCCUAUAAAGAGAGCAGAGGGAUGGGUAAGUUGUAGCAAGUUCAAAUUCUCCACCAAGCGAACCCAACUCUUUACUUCUAAAAAAAGUAUAAAUAAAGUUUAUCUGUAUAUGUUU